GGUCAAAAACUCGCCACCUGUUAAUUUAUAAAAGGUUUCAGUACACUUAGCUACACUGGAUCCAAGACUAGUAGUAACUCAAACCUCGUGGUUUUAGACCAAAAUCUCUUGUUCGUUUUUCCAUCUUCUUCUUCCUCAUCAUAUCUCUCCUCCUCCUCACCAGAAUUGUUUCAGGCUCUUCUUCUUCUGUUUCUUUUUCUCCAAAGAAACAAUUAGAAAUGGAGAACCUAACCCUAGUUUCUUGCUCAGCUUCUUCUCCAAAGCUGUUAAUUGGAUGCAAUUUCACUUCCUCGCUUAAAAACCCUACUGGGUUUUCUCGUCGGACUCCUAAAAUUAUCCUCCGCUGCUCCAAAAUCUCUGCUUCUGCUCAAUCUCAAUCUCCCUCUUCGCGUCCUGAUAACACUGGAGAAAUCGUGGUUAUGAAACAGAGAAGCAAAGCUUUUGCAAGUAUAUUUUCAUCGAGUCGUGAUCAACAGACAACUUCUGUUGCUUCCCCUAGUGUGCCUGUGCCACCACCAUCUUCAUCAACCAUAGGGUCACCACUUUUCUGGAUUGGUGUUGGAGUUGGUCUAUCAGCUUUGUUCUCAUUGGUAACUUCAAAUUUAAAGAAAUAUGCAAUGCAAACAGCUAUGAAGACAAUGAUGAACCAGAUGAAUACGCAAAAUAGCCAGUUUAAUAAUCCUGGAUUCCCAUCAGGAUCACCUUUUCCGUUUCCAUUUCCUCCUCAAACAAGUCCUACUUCCUCGCCAUUCCAAUCUCAAUCCCAGUCUUCAGGUGCUACUGUUGAUGUGACGGCGACUAAAGUAGAUACACCUCCUUCAACUAAACCGAAACCUACACCUGCAAAGGAUAUAGAAGUGGAUAAGCCAAGUGUUGUCUUAGAGGCAAGCAAAGAGAAGAACGAAGAAAAGAACUAUGCCUUUGAAGACAUUUCACCCGAGGAAACCACAAAAGAAAGCCCAUUUAGCAACUAUGCUGAAGUCUCUGAAACUAGUUCCCCCAAAGAAACUCGCUUGUUUGAGGAUGUUUUGCAAAAUGGAGCUGGUCCGGCAAAUGGUGCCACUGCUUCAGAGGUUUUUCAAUCUUUGGGCGGUGGGAAAGGAGGGCCGGGUUUGUCUGUAGAAGCUUUAGAGAAAAUGAUGGAAGAUCCAACAGUCCAGAAGAUGGUUUACCCAUACUUGCCUGAGGAGAUGAGAAACCCAGAAACUUUCAAAUGGAUGCUUAAAAACCCUCAGUACCGUCAACAACUACAGGACAUGUUGAAUAAUAUGAGUGGGAGUGGUGAAUGGGACAAGCGAAUGACAGAUACAUUGAAGAAUUUUGACCUGAAUAGUCCUGAAGUAAAGCAACAAUUCAAUCAAAUAGGACUGACUCCAGAAGAAGUCAUAUCUAAGAUCAUGGAGAACCCUGAUGUUGCCAUGGCAUUCCAGAAUCCUAGAGUCCAAGCAGCAUUAAUGGAAUGCUCAGAGAACCCAAUGAACAUCAUGAAGUACCAAAACGACAAAGAGGUAAUGGAUGUGUUCAACAAGAUAUCGCAGCUCUUCCCAGGAAUGACGGAAAUCAAUGACCCUUAUCGUUCCACUUCUCUCGGAGUCGGAGAAGGUUUUGUUUCCCGUACGUCGGGAGAAUUGGCGCGUGAAAUCCUUGGCUCCGUCGAAGAGUUUCUGUCUCCGACGGCUGUGCGUCGCAUGAUCGAGUCGUGGGGUUCUCUUGAGGAGAUUAAGAUGAAGUCUAGAAGUGAAAGUAAGAAUGGUAGACUUGCUUCAGCCUCUAGAGAAGCAGUCAACAAAGUUCUUGACAGAAGCAGUGCUCGUGGCUCUCGAGGCAAGAAGAAGCAAGAUGAUAAUUGUGAUUCCGCAAAGGUUUGUUCUUCUAUUCAUGCAAACAACAUUAUUGUUAAUCUGAUUUCACUAAGGGUACUUAAGAUGUUAGGAGCAACGAAUUCUAUUGAUUGUUUUCAAGGUUUCCUUGAAGAUUGUGAAGUCCGUGGUACUACUAACCAAUUAUCAAUGGCUGUAGGAAGCUAUUAUCCUUGUCCUAUGCAUAAAGAUUUUCUUGGGAAAGUGCGGGAUAAAGGCGUAAACGGGAAGGGAAAGCAUGCGGUCGAGGCAAGAUUGACUGAUAACGUUCUAGAGGAGAGGGAAUGUGGUACGGUUGAUGUUACUAAUGUUGAUGAUGAUGAAAUGAAUGAUUCAGACUGGGAAGACUGUCCAAUCCCUAGUCUUGAUAGUACGGUUGAUGUUAAUAUUGAUGACACCAGAGAGUUAACCAUAGAAUUUGAUGAUGAUGUUCCUGAUGCUAAGAAGCAGAAGAAUGCAUACCGUGCAACAGCAGAAGACAAGGAACGGGCGGAACUUGUCCAUAAGGUUCACUUGCUCUGUCUGCUUGCAAGAGGGAGGAUAGUUGAUGAUGCUUGUAAUGAUCCUUUGAUUCAGGCUGCCUUGCUUUCACUUCUACCAUCAUACUUGACAAAAGUUUCAAAUCUUGAGAAAGUUACUGUCAAGGAUAUAGCCCCUCUUCUUCGUUGGGUUCGUGAAAACUUUUCGGUUGGGUGUUCUCCCAGUUCUGAGAAAUCUUUUCGUACUUCCCUAGCAUUUGCUCUUGAAUCUCGUAAAGGCACAGCGGAAGAGCUUGCAGCAUUGGCUGUUGCUUUGCUUAGAGCAUUAAAGCUCACAACUCGGUUUGUGUCUAUUCUUGAUGUUGCAUCCUUAAAACCAGGGGCCGAUAGGGAUGAAUCAUCAGGUCAAAACAGAGCUAAAAUGAAGCAUGGGAUAUUCAGGACCUCAACACUUAUGGUACCAAAACAGCAGGCCAUCGCGUCACACCCGAAGAAAUCUUUUUCCCAUGUUAAGAAUAAAAGUCUCUUUGAAACGUCUGAGCCUCAGCGUGGGAAUCCCCUGGGCUCUGAUCAGUUACAAGACAAUGCAGUCAAUUCAUCUUGUGAAGCAGGAAUGUCCAGAAAAUCUGACGGAACAAGGAGGAAAGGAGAUGUUGAGUUCGAGAGGCAAAUAGCCAUGGCUUUGUCUGCAACUGCAAACAACCAACAGAGCUCUCAAGUGAACAAUAAAAAGAAAAUUCGUGAAAUAACAAAAGCAAGUGAUAGCUCGUCAGUUUCUGACCAAGUAAUAUCCACGGCUAUUGGUUCUAAGAAAGUAGAUUCUCCCCUUUGUUGGGCUGAGGUGUAUUGCAAUGGAGAAAACAUGGAUGGGAGAUGGGUCCAUGUCGAUGCUGUUAAUGGAAUGAUAAAUGCCGAGCAAAACGUUGAAGCAGCAGCUGCCGCAUGCAAAACCGUUCUCAGAUAUGUUGUUGCUUUUGCUGGUGGUGGAGCCAAAGAUGUCACUCGCAGGUACUGUACAAAGUGGCACACUAUUUCACCCAAACGGGUGUGUUCAGUGUGGUGGGAUAUGGUAUUAGCACCGUUAAUACAUCUCGAGUCAGCCGCAACUCACAAUGAAGACAUUGCUCUGAUAAAUUUCAAUAGCCUAAAUCCUGUUGCCAACAGAGCUUCCUCGAGUAGCGCUUCCUUUGGUAUAAGGAGUGCUCUUGAAGAUAUGGAGUUGGCUACACGGGCGCUGACUGAGCCUCUUCCUACUAACCAGCAGGCCUAUAAAACUCACGAAAUCUAUGCUAUUGAGAAAUGGCUUCACAAGAACCAGAUACUUCACCCAAAAGGUCCAGUUCUGGGAUUUUGCUCUGGUCAUCCAGUAUAUCCUCGAACCUGUGUGCAGACUCUUAAAACAAAAGAAAGAUGGCUUCGUGAUGGGCUACAACUUAAGGCGAAUGAAGUUCCCUCAAAGAUUCUUAAGCGGAACUCGAAGUUCAAGAAAUCAAAAGAUUUGGGAGAUGGCGACAACAACAUUAACGGUGGUUCUUAUUGCAUGGAACUAUAUGGAAAGUGGCAAAUGGAACCAUUGUGUCUCCCUCACGCUGUUAAUGGAAUUGUGCCCAAGAACGAACGGGGUCAAGUUGAUGUCUGGUCUGAGAAAUGUCUCCCACCUGGAACAGUACACUUAAGGUUUCCUCGGAUAUUUUCGGUUGCUAAGAGAUUCGGUAUAGAUUAUGCACCAGCCAUGGUUGGUUUCGAGUACAGAAGUGGAGGUGCUACUCCGAUUUUUGAAGGUAUUGUGGUCUGUACCGAGUUCAAAGACACAAUCCUCGAGGCAUAUGCAGAAGAACAAGAAAAGAGAGAAGAAGAGGAGAGAAGAAGAGAUGAAGCACAAGCAGCUUCGAGAUGGUAUCAGCUUCUUUCGUCUAUCUUAACCCGUGAAAGAUUGAAAAGUCGUUACGCUAAUAACUCUAACGAUGUCGAAACCAAGAGUUUGGAAGUGAAUUCAGACACGGUCGUUAAGGCAAAGAAUGUGAAAGCACCUGAAAAGCAGAGAGUGGCUAAGAGAGGAGAAAAGUCACGAUUUCUUCCUGGUUUUGAAGGUCCUCUUCCUUUCGAGCUCGAAACAGGGUAUAUUGAUCCUCUUCUUCUCUGGUUGAGCGGUGGACCUGGUUGCUCUUCCACCACUGGUCUUUUUUUUGAGAACGGGCCUGUGACAUUCAAGGUUGAUGGUUACAAUGGAGGUAGCCCCACCUUGCUUUCUACUACAUAUUCAUGGACAAAGGUGGCGAACAUAAUAUUCUUGGACCAGCCUGUUGGGACUGGCUUCUCCUACGCAAAAACUCAACUUCUUGAAACACCAAGUGACUCGGGAGAAGCUAAGCGGAUCCAUGAGUUUAUGCGUAAGUGGCUAAGCAAGCAUACAGAGUUUAUCUCAAAUCCUUUCUAUGUCGGAGGAGAUUCUUAUUCUGGUAAGGUUAUUCCGGCAACCGUUCAAGAAAUCUCCAAAGACCACUGUGCAAAGUUCUGUCCUCCACAAGAAGAUACAUUGAAGAACUCGUACUUGCAAUCCCGUCGGUUCCAUCUACUGAUUGCUAUGUAUAUUGGUGUUGGUGAAGAAGAAGAAGUGCAAUUGUUUUACUACUUUAUAAAGUCUGAGAAUAAUCCAAAAGAAGAUCCUCUUCUUCUUUGGUUAAGCGGUGGGCCUGGUUGCUCUUCUAUCUCUGGUCUUCUUUUGGAGAACGGACCUGUGACUUUAAAGGUUGAUGAUUACAAUGGAGGUAGCCCCACCUUGGUUUCUACUACAUAUGCAUGGACAAAGGUGGCGAACAUGAUAUUCUUGGACCAGCCUGUUGGGACUGGCUUCUCCUACGCCACAACUCAACUUCUUGAUACACCAAGUGACUCGGGAGAAGCUAAGCGGAUCCAUGAGUUUCUUCGUAAGUGGCUAAGCAAGCAUACAGAGUUUAUAUCGAAUCCGUUAUAUGUCGGCGGAGAUUCGUAUUCUGGUAAGAUUGUUCCGGCCACCGUUCAAGAAAUUUCUAAAGGAAAUGAUCUUGGAUUCGAACAUCAGAUAAAUCUUCAGGGUUAUGUGCUAGGAAACCCAGCAACAAACACCGAGUGUGAAAAGAAUUAUCAAAUUCCAUUUGCUCAUGGAAUGGCAUUGAUCUCUGAUGAACUCUACGAGUCGUUGACGAGAAGCUGCAAAGGAAAUUAUGCAAAUGUAGAUCCACUUAACAUAGAAUGCUUGAACCUCAUUGAAGAAUUCCAAAAGUGUAUUUCAGGAAUAAAUUUGGCUUAUAUUUUAGAACCACUGUGCAAAAUGGCGUCGUCCCCAAGAAGAUACAUUGAAGAACUCGUCCUUGCAAACCCUUCGGUUCCAUCUACUGAUUGCUAUGGAAGUAUAGGAAAAUGGGUACGAUGUUAUGUGGGGAUUCCUUAUAAUAAGAACAUUAAAAGCAGUGUACCAUACCAUAUGAAUAACAGUAUCAAAGGCUACCGAUCUCUCAUCUAUAGGGAGGUGGACAUACAGCAGAAUAUAAACCAAAUGAAAGCUUUAUCUUGUUUCAGAGGUGGAUAAGUGGCCAACUUCUUUAAAAUCCUUCUUAAUUUGCUACAAAUUUGAUAAUAUUGCUGUUGUUAUGCGUUGUUAUUUGUAAAAUUGCUGUUGAAUAUUCUUAAUGUAAAAUGAAUUAAAGCUAAAUAA